UCCUCCUGCAAAUUAACACGAAAAACAAUUGCUUAAAUAAAUUGGAGAUAUAGAAAAGAAUAGAAAUUAAUAAAUUUAAAACAAAAAAUAGAAAAAAUAAAAAUUAAAGUGUACAAAUGCAUUCACCUAAGUGCAAAACUAAUUAUCUCGUAAGAGUUUUAUCUACCAUAAUUUUGAUUAUUGAUAGAACACAUAAAACAUUUCCAAAAAAAAAAAAAAAAAAAAUAAUACAGACAAUGUAACUGUGUUUACGAAGAGAUUAUGAAUAUUCAAUUUCGAUGAUUCACUUUCACAUGAAAGUGUAAAGGAUACAAAUCCUUUCGCGGAAGUACGAAAGAAAGAAUAAUACACAUAUAGAAGAUAUAGGAAAAAAGCGGUUAAAGAGAUACAGGAAUUUGCGUAACGUCGGACGAUGUGCUAAGUUUCGCGAUUGGAGAAGCCUCGGGCGUUCAACUAGCAGAGCCUUGACAUUUUCUUCGAUUUUUUCUACGUAUCGCUCGUCUACAAACCUUUUCUUCGAUACAUUAGAAAAAUAAGCUGUAAGAUGGACAGACUCGGUUUGGAAUGUUACUUUGCAUUGCGAGCUCGAAGAAAGUGAGGUUAGGAUGGCAUUAUAGACGCCGUUUUGAAGAAUCAAUAUUUCAAAUCGGAAGAACUAUUUUUGAAUAAGAAAGCAUCUCAAAAUUUUGAGUGAUCCCAAAAAACGUAUGAGGGAGGAGAAGAUCGAGAAGGAGCCGGCAUGCGUGGUGGUAGAGCGAAGAUCAUAAAAGCUCGUGAGCAGGAGGAUUCAGAUAGUUUUGGUUUCGGAAGUCGAGACAGCAGGAGCUCGAGAUGACCAUAACAACAACGACCGUUCGUUUGUUGAUCGCCUGCGGCGUCCUCGGCUUCGCGAGCUCGGCCAGCGUACACAAAGAUAGCUGUCCUGAAAAGAAUGGUCGAUUUUCUGUGCCAUCCCAAUGUGACGCUUACAUCGAAUGCAUUGAUGGUAUCCCGGAACACAAAUUAUGUCCUGAGGGACUCUUAUUCAAUCCUAACGUGAGGUUCGCCUAUCCUUGUGAAUAUCCUGCCGGUGUGAAUUGUGAUGGAAGACCUAACCGACAGACACCACAGCCAACGGAUGACUGUCCCCAUCAGUAUGGUUUCUUCAAAAUCGGAGAUCAACAGAAUUGUGGCAAAUUCAUGUCCUGUGUAGAGGGGAGAGCACAUGUUUUCCAUUGUCCCGAAGGGUUGGCCUUCAACUCUGAAUCUUAUCGUUGCGACUGGCCUGAUCAAGUACCAGACUGCGAUGUUGAAUCGUUCUUAGGACUACGGUGCCCAAGUGAUCCUAACGAUGAAAAUCGACUGUACAAGUUUGAGUUCUACGCCAGUCCUUAUGACUGUCAACGUUAUUUCGUGUGUGUGAAUGGUCGGCCACGAUUGCAGGUCUGCGAAGAAGGAAAGGCUUUCAGCCAGCUGGAAAACACAUGUCUUCCCGCGCACAACGUCAGUGGAUGUGAGCCACUCGGUUUGCCGCAUGAGAAAAAGAAAAUUCCAUUAAUAGGUACAGUUAUAGAGGGAGGAUCAUAGUGAUGACUUUAAUGUACGAAUGAAUGAUUUGCAAAGAGAUACGCUCAUUUGAGAGUAAAACUAUCACGAGUUGCUUUCGAGACCAUUUCUCGCAAAUGGACACUAUGUUCAGAAUGAAUAUCCGAUUUGAUAGUGGCCAGCAUAGUCGAUCUCAACGCAGUGUCUACUUGCAAGAUAUAUCUCAAGAAAAUAACACAUGCAAUUUCUAUUGUGUGCCACUGUAGAAACUACAAGAAAAUGAGUAGAAUGUAAUAAUGUAAAUACAUGAAUCAUUGAUAAGAACUAUUGUAAAAAUGAUGUGCUUGUAUUUAGCACAAAAUUGUAGACCAAAUAGUUUUCAAAUAAAAAAAUCUGUUAGGAAAAUAACAAACAAUGUA